CGUAGGGUUGAUGCUUUAAUUUGUGUUGUUCUGCUACCGCAUCCAAAACGACUACUUUCUGGAAACUUCUUGUUAAGAUACAUAUUCGUAUUAACUAUUUUGUGGGCUGUAGCCGGCCAGCGUGUUCUUAUCAUGUAACGUCAAUGUUUCCGACAGUCAUGAAGGCGGCGCGCUCUUGUGGUUGACGGUUUCGACUCUGCCACUCGGGUCGGGGUUUUCGCUGGGUGGGAACUUGUAAAUAGAAACACCCUCAGCUGUGUCGCCUACUUAUUUCACAUGUCACAGCAUAUCUUGUUUAGUGACACCACUGAAAACCACAUUACAACUCACAUUUUUACAGGUACUUAUUUGGCGGCAAUUAGCAGGCUCCCCUCAUAAAUGGUACGGUCCCAUCUUAACUUCCCAAACAAAAAUGGCACAUGAGUGUUGGUGAGGUGUGUUGAUAACGAAAACGAAACAACGACGUGUGGCCGACACUGCAAACUGGAAAGCCGUAGCAGCACGACCCGUUAGUUUCCUCAGACAUGGCACUGCAAACAUUAGCUCGAGUUUCCCGUAUCGGGGCUCUCCCGUACUACACCGGCGGCCCUCUGUCCCGUGUCAGUGUUGACACUCAGAGUGUCGGUGUCAAGUUCAAACAUAUUUUAACUCCUGGAAGCCCCCAGCUGGGAAGGAGGCCAGCAACAAGUGCUCCCCGCAGCCAUAUUAACGCUGUCCGCCGAACUGACAAGUUCUCAACGACAACACCACUUUGUCGGUCCAGCCGAGGCACCCAUUCCUUCUUACCCCAGGUGAACAGAGGCUGGCUGGGCAAGUUUGCCCUCGGUACCGCCUUUGGAGUGAGCACAGCCGUGCUGGUCCAGUCUCUCCACACCGGAGCUUUCACCGGCAUGGCCCUCAAAAUUAACCUCGACUCUGAUAAGGAAGACUGGAAGGAAACCAAGGGCAACCUGCUGUCUCUGAGCACGGAGGACAGGCGUCAGUACUACAGGACAACUGGCUAUAAGCCACUGGAUGAGAUCUCAGUGUGGACUCCCACUGCAGGUGGUUCGCAGCCAACGGACUACAAGAGGAAUGAAAAAUUGGACCAUAAGAUUUCCCUUUAUAACGGCGACAUCACCAAGCUUGAGAUAGACGCUAUAGUCAAUGCAGCCAACAACACUCUGCUCGGUGGAGGUGGAGUGGACGGAGCGAUCCACCGCGCUGCUGGUCCCAUGCUAAAAAAGGAGUGUGCUUCGCUCAACGGCUGUAAGACAGGAGAGGCCAAGAUUACCUGCGGCUACGGCCUUCCUGCAAAGUAUGUGAUUCACACAGUGGGGCCGAUUGCACAAGGCGGGGUUGGAGAGGAGGAGAAGAACGCGCUAAGAUCGUGCUACAGAAACAGUCUGGAGACGGCGACCAAAAAUGGUGCUCGUUCUGUGGCUUUCCCUUGCAUCUCCACUGGAAUCUACGGAUAUCCAUCUGAGCAGGCUGUGCACGAGGCGUUAAAAACUGUGAGGGACUACCUCGAUGCACAUCAUGACAAGCUGGACAGAGUCAUCUUCUGCGUGUUCUUGCCGAAGGAUCAGAAGCUGUAUGAGGAGAACCUGCCGCUCUACUUUCCUGCUGCCUGACCUGUGGCAGCGACCUGUUGUUCAGAGGCCACAGUCAAGAGCAAACUCUAAGAGAGUGGAUUUGUCAGAUUUGGUUGCCGUGGAUACACACCGCUACACUCACAUCCAGAUUCUUCCUCCUCUUCCUCCUCCUCCUGUUUGCCAUUGACGCAGAUCAAGACCAUCUUCAUCAGGAAGAUAAGUUGCAAAUGGGUGAUUGCCUUUUUGAAGUGCUACGGUUCUCCUGCAGAUGUUGUCGGAGGAGGUGGUUUUCUUUUUUUUCACUUCUUCCCACUAAUGGCUGAGGUUAGGAGCGGUGUUAUGAUGACUGUGUGAAAUGAGGCAGAUAAUUCUUAUGAAAAAUGGACUGUGCGUACUCCUAAGCUUCCCUCUACCUGUGAUCAGCAGCAGCUUCACAUCAGGCUUACGUCCCCCACCCCCCUCCUGAUUUCUCUCUUCCCUGUACUACACCAUUUGAAUAUUAGAAUAUCAGCGUGUGUGCAUGAUUGUGACACACAUGACAAAAGCUUAUUAAAAUGAAUCUGAGCUUUG